AUGAAAUUUUGUAUUGUAGUGCCUUGCGAAUCGGACGAUAUACCUGGCAUCGGACAAUAUGAAGAUUUUCACACGAUCGAUUGGCAAAGGGAUAUAACGAGAGAUCGUAUGCGACACAGAUACAUAGUUAAAAAAAAACAGGAUUCCAUAUACGAUUUAAUUAAGGGAGCUCACGACGCUUGGUCGGGAUGGUUAUGCGUUCUUUUAGUCGGAUUAUUCACGGGAGUCGUCGCGGGUGUUAUAGACAUAGGAGCUUCAUGGAUGUCCGAUCUCAAAUUCGGUAUAUGUCCUCAAGCUUUUUGGUUAAAUCAGGAACAGUGUUGUUGGUCUUCGAAUGAAAUAACGUCGAUAAGGGAAAUGUUCCCAGGUGGAGGUUAUUGGUGGACAUGGCCAAAAGUAUUUAAUCAGGCCAGAGAAGGAGCUGGAUCCUAUGUCAUCUCAUACUUUUUCUACAUAUGUUGGGCCUUACUUUUUGCCGCUUUAGCCGCAGCUUUGGUAAGAGCUUUUGCUCCAUACGCUUGCGGAUCUGGUAUACCUGAGAUUAAAACUAUACUUAGUGGCUUUAUAAUUCGUGGGUAUUUAGGUAAAUGGACUCUGAUAAUCAAGUCCGUUGGCAUAAUGUUAGCCGUAUCCGCGGGUUUGAGUUUGGGAAAAGAAGGUCCAAUGGUUCACAUAGCAUGUUGUAUCGGAAAUAUAUUUUCGUAUUUGUUUCCGAAAUACGGAAGGAACGAAGCGAAAAAAAGAGAAAUAUUAUCGGCGGCUGCCGCUGCUGGAGUUUCUGUUGCUUUCGGAGCACCCAUCGGAGGAGUUCUUUUCAGUUUAGAAGAAGUUAGUUAUUACUUUCCUUUGAAAACGUUGUGGAGAUCUUUUUUUUGCGCUUUGGUGGCUGCUUUCAUACUGAGAUCCAUAAAUCCGUUCGGGAACGAACAUUCUGUUUUGUUUUACGUUGAAUAUAACAAACCUUGGAUAUUUUUUGAAUUGGUUCCUUUCGUUGGAUUAGGUAUUAUCGGGGGAAUUAUAGCUACGAUAUUUAUAAAGGCCAAUUUGUACUGGUGCAGAUAUCGUAAAACAUCAAAAUUGGGUCAAUAUCCAGUGACUGAAGUAUUAGUUGUUGCCGUUAUGACUGCAGUGAUCGCUUAUCCCAAUCCAUAUACGAGAAUGAAUACUUCACAGUUAAUUUUACUUCUUUUUAGCCAGUGUGGAAUAUCAAAUUCGGAUAAUUUAUGUGACUACAACAGAAAUUUUACAGACGUCAAUUCCGCCAUUGAAAUCGCAGCCGCCGGACCAGGAGUAUAUAAAGCAGUUCGAUUAUUAUCUCUAGCUCUCGUUUUCAAAUUAGUCGCAACCGUUUUUACUUUCGGUAUGAAAGUUCCCUGCGGUCUCUUUAUUCCAAGUUUAUGUUUGGGUGCCAUCAUGGGUAGAAUAGUCGGGAUUUUUGUCGAACAAUUGGCUUAUAACUAUCCUUACAUAUGGCCAUUCAGCGGAGAAUGUUCCACGGGUGACGAUUGCAUAACGCCGGGAUUGUAUGCAAUGGUGGGAGCGGCAGCUGUGCUCGGAGGAGUUACCAGAAUGACGGUAUCCUUAGUUGUGAUAAUGUUUGAGUUAACCGGUGGUGUUCGAUAUAUCGUACCGUUGAUGGUAGCUGCGAUGGCUAGUAAAUGGGUGGGUGACGCUUUGGGAAAGCAGGGAGUUUACGAUGCUCACAUUUGUUUGAACGGUUAUCCAUUUCUUGACAGCAAAGAAGAAAUGGCACACACGGCUUUAGCUGCAGACGUAAUGCAACCAAAGAGCGAACCUCUCACAGUGUUAACACAAGAUUCAAUGACUGUGGAUGAUGUCGAAUCCAUUUUAAAAGAAACCGAACAUAAUGGUUUUCCCGUAGUCGUGUCUAAAGAAAGUCAAUACCUAGUGGGUUUCGUCCUUAGAAGAGAUCUUUUACUUGCUAUUUCCAACGCCAAAAGAACAUUGGAAGGGAUCAGCGGGCAAUCACUCGUAGUUUUUAACACGAUACCAGCGGGUCAAACGUUGGGACCCGCACCCCUAAAACUCAAAAGAAUAUUGGAUAUGGCUCCGAUAACGAUCACAGAUCAAACUCCCAUGGAAACGGUGAUUGACAUGUUUAGAAAAUUAGGAUUACGACAAACUUUGGUGACACACAACGGACGUCUCCUGGGCGUGAUCACGAAAAAAGAUGUCCUCCGUUACAUCAAACAAUUAGACAAUGAAGAUCCUAAUUCGGUGCUCUUCAACUGA